AUGUCAAAAGAGAUAGUAGUUGUGAUACCUAUGGAAGAUGGUGAUCCAUUAGGUGCUGUACCUAAUGAUAAACUUGUAAUCGUCAAGAUACAACAGGGUACUCUAGCAGAUGGAAAGCUUAAGGUGGGUGAUCAAAUUCUUAAGGUAAACGAUACGAUAGUACGUGACACGGAUCACUUUUAUCAGUUACUUCGUUUUGCUCCACCGGUUGCGUCAAUUAUUCUGGUACGUGAUGCAAAGAAAGCAGCUGAAUUAGAAGCUAAAGUUCAUAUACCACCUGAACGAGCCAGAUUAAUCAUACGUCGCGAUGGAUACACUUAUUUUGUUGCUCGAAUUGACUGGAAACCUGGUGGUCCUAAGCUUGGUCUUGGUAUUAAGCACUACCAGAAUCGUGUAUUAGUAUCGCGUGCGGAUCAGAAUUCGCUUGCUGCACAGCAAUUGCUGAUCGGUGAUCAUAUCAUCGAUAUUGAUGGACGUCCAGUAACUGAUAAAGAUGUAUGCCGUGAGCUGCUCCUCAAAAGUCUUCAAUCACAACGUUUUGUUACCAUGGUUAUUGAGCGUCCGGAGACAAUGGAAGCACGACAUUGGGUUCAGAGUGCACUUGCCGCAUCUGCGGCACAGGCUCCAUCUGUUGCAAUGAAUAGUGACGUACGUGAAAUAGCGGCUCGAGAGAGACAGAAAUUAAAGAAGGCUAUACCGCCAAAGAAGAGUUGCAUGCGAAAAUCAACGACCCCUGGUAAACCGAUUACAAUUAAUGAAAAUAAACCAUCAGAAUUUAUUAUUGCAAGUGAUAAUGAAGGUAAAAUGCUUCGUCAUGUUAGACGAUAA